AUGUCGGUGGAGGAGGAGCUGCCACAGUCUGGCUUGAGCUACGUGUGGUUCAAGCUCGAGGGACUUUCGGAAAGGGGUGCAGGAGGGCGACUUGUAGUCGCCCCGGCGACUCUGACACGUCAAGAUCUGGAUUUCAACUGGGAUAUCAUUGCAAGGGCGAUGGAGUACAUGGGCGCACGCCCAGGGGUGGACCAGCUACAAGACGAGGUUGACUUGUUCUUUCAACGUUCCCGCCAGAAGGGCAAGAAACCGGUCACUCGUGAUUUCUGUCGCCAGCAAGCCUGGCGAGUUCGGAAUCUGAUUUCCAUGUUCAACCGGAUCGUCAAGCUGCCUCACCGCCCGAAUGAAGAGGGUAUUCGAAAGAUCUAUACCCAUUUGGGCCUGGAGAUUCCCCCUGGUACUUUGCCUGCAAAUGACCUAGCAGAUAUGAUUUCGAAGGUUGUAUACCACCUCCCGAAAAAUUUUCGCUUAGGACGGCAGCCGCGAUCCAAUGACGCCCUGGAUGCAGGAUCUGAGGAGGCCAGGUGGUUCGCUUCAGUCGUUCAGGAACGGUUUUGGGUCAUGCGGCAGGUCGGCUAUGAUGAGUGUGUGGAGUCGGAAGCUGGCACCGACGAUGAGUUGAUGGAGCCCGAACCCCUGGUUCCCGAGGCCCCAGAGAAAAACAACUCCCCUCCUGAGCCUCCCAAAUCUCGCUCGACUUCUUCCGGAACCCUGGCAUCGGCUCCGUCUGUGGAGGAUCUGGUCACCCCGAAGCACGAAGCAGGCCCUGGGAAAUCCCCUGAAUCAGGGGAGAAGUUGGCUGCACCCAGUAAGCGUGAGUUGUUGAAAGCUUUGAAUGAGCAGCAGCACCACUUGUCGUUGCUGCUUAUGGCAAAGAAGCGACGUGCAGAGGGAAAGCCAGCGGGUGGCAUCCUGCAUGCAGCUAGUAAUAUUUCGACGCAAGAAACUCAAGUGAUGGACGAGGCUUGGAUGGAUGCGGCUGCAGCUGGCCUCUAUCACGAUAUCAAGGCCAAGGAGCUGGCGGCUGUUGCCGCCAAUGUCUACGCGGAGGAGACUCCGCGCAGGUUCGGGGACAAACGACUUCGGACUGAGACAGCUGAGAUGCUGCCGGCGAGCAAAUCGCCGAAAAGUGAGCCAGCAUUGAAGUUGAAGCCCGUCAAGAAGGAGCCCUUGGAAAAGGCGCCAGUGCCAUCAAUCGAGAAGGAGCCGUUGAAGCCAUUGCAGGAGCCCCCAAUCAAGAAAGAGCGGUUUGAGGGGACCCCAAUCAAGAAAGAGCCGUUUGAGGAGACCCCAGUCAAGAAGGAACCCCCAAUCAGGGAGGAGCCCCCAAUCAAGAAGGAGCCCGGCAUCAAGCAUGAGUUUGAAGAUGAAGGUGAUCAAAAGGCAGGGCUUGCUCCCGUGGCCGAAGCAGAAGCAGGACAUGAUCUCGCAGCAGCAGUUCCCCCCGAGCCCAAGGAUCCACCAGCCGUGGAAACAACAGCAGCCAUGAAGGCUGCAAGCCCUGAACGGCCUGCCCUGGUAAAGACUUCCGGUGUUGUGUCACCAACUGAGCAGAACAAGCUGACGAAGAAGAAGAAGAAAGAAGACAAGAACCCGACAGAGGAAGAGGCUGCAGAGAGUAAGAAGACCCGCCCAAAGCCCAAAACGAAAGCCACCCAGGAUGCGAAGAAGACAGAAGAGGCUGCAGUUCCCAAGAGAAAGCCCGGCCGCCCCAGGAAAAAUCCGCCCGAAGCAGAGUCCAAGCCCGAGCCAGCCAAGCCUAAAAAAGAAACUCCCAAGAAGCGCAAGGCAGCGGAUGAUGAGCCGAAUAGUCAGGAUACCAGGUUUUACUCACCCAAGGUGACGAAGCCAAAUCCAAAAAGCAAAGCAAAGGCCAAAGCAAAAGCAAAGGCGAAAGGAAAAGCGGCAGCAAAGGCAGCCAAGGAUGCUGGUGACAAGAAGACAAAGGGGGCGGCCCAAGAUUCCGGCCUGAAGAGUCGGAAGAGUUGUGCUUAUCAUAAAGCAAAGGCCACUGCUAUGAAGGAAGGUUUGUCGAAGGAGGAAGCAGUGGUUCGGGCCAAGAAAGCCACUUGGUUGAAUCGAUUGGCAGCUCUUGUUUCUGGAAAUAGAAAGAGAGAUAAAGAGAGUGAGCGAUAG